AUGAACGAUCGAACCGGUGACGACGAACCGUCGUUCUCGGUGUCGGGCACGUCGGCGUCCGGGUUGGCCGGGCCGGGGUCGUCGCACGGGGCGCCACCGGCACCUCCAAAGUGCCGGAAGGAUGUAACCGUAAAAUUCCACCUCAUGAAAGCACAAGUGGUGGCGCACGCCUACCCGCGCCAUCACACCGUCGACGAGGUGCGGGAGCACAUCGCCUGCAAGUUUCAGGUGAAAUCGAAGUUUCUGGUGCUCCGGCAGGCGGGGGCGGAAGUGCCCGGCCAUCGGCGGCUCGGCGACAUUUGCGUCAGCGAGUACAACGUGUGCGACCUGGAGCUGCUGCUGUCCGAAGCCGCCCGCGACGAGAACGUCCUGCUCAACCUGAAGCUGUACUACAAGAACCUGACACUCCCGGACAUCAUCACGGUGCGUAUACCGAGUGAAGACGGCAAACCGAGUCGGGAUGUGGUGGUCGAGAUAGAGAACCAGGUAAUCACCAAACCCUUCGUAGGUGGUUACAUCAACAAGCACAGCCACAUUGAGUAUCAUCAUGCGUUCACCCAGACCGGGCCACCGUUGGAAAGGUUAAAGGGCCCGGGGCAAAAGUACAGCCGGGACACACAGACCGUAUGCGAGCGACACACGACCACCACCAGCAUCCCCCGCAGCCAGGGGGUACAGCAUUCCGGCCCGGUGGCAUUGAUACCCUCGCCCCAGACGGUUCCCAGCGGCCACUGUCUGGUGGCGCACGUCCCGUACGAAUCGCAUGCCGAGCUCGAGCGCCGGCAAGACCUGGUCGGCAAGGUGCGGCUCAUCCAGCGCAACUUCCGGCGAGUGCUGUGGCAACGGCUUAUCAGGAAGAGUGCGGCCGAAUGGAGAGCGUUACAGCAGCAGCAGGAAGCGAACGAAACAGACGCCCAGAGGUCUAAAGCGCUGGCGCACAACAAAACGUGCGUCGCCAGGACAUUCCCGCGGACGAAGGAGGAGUUCGAUGCGCUGUUCGCGCAGAUUCACUGCUGGAAAGAGAACGAACUGAAGCUGAUCGGCGAGAAGUACUCCGGGGCGCCGAAGAUCGCCGAGAUGAACAUCCUGCUCGAUAAGGAAAUCCAGCUGCUGAACGGCGUCGAGCGGCAGCGGCGCGCCAUCCAGAGGGAGCAGACGGAGGCGGUGGUCGAGCGGCAGCUGGCAAAAAUCAGUGAACCGAAGCGCUGGGUUGGCUGUAACAACCGUGUAAUCGAAAUGGAAACACCCCAAACGCAACGGGCCCGCUUUCUGCUGCUGUACUACCAGCGGCUGAAGAUGUUCACCCAACCGACCGGCACCGCCGCCAGCGGCAGUGACCCGCAGGAACGGGUCGCCCUGCUGGACGAACUGUCGGACGUGAUCGUGCACGAGUGCCACCCGGCCACGGAAGAGUUGGAAAAUUUACUCCAACGCGAGCGGAAACUGCUGUUGUGCAAUUUGGGCUCGGAAGACUUGUCGCCGCUGAGGAAACGCCAGCUGGCACUGCUGGCCGAAAUUAUACGAUCCGAUCCGGAGAAGGCACGCGAGAAAAAAGCGACCAAGCUGUGCCGCAAGUGCAAAAAACUUCGGCCCACGCAUGCCUUUACGGUGCACACGCGCCAACGAUCGGCCGAUAUUUGCGGCCACUGCUCGUCGCUGCUCGGCUCGACGGUGGACAUUGCCGUGUACCGUUCGAUCCUGCGUGCCGUCCGGCGUGACGAGCGGAAGCGCGGCUCGCUGGCCUCGUAUGCGUUCAUCAUUCAGGAGAAUGACGUUAAACACAUCGUGGAGAACAUCUGGCACGGCCAUUCUAUAAUCUCGAACGCCGCCGACCGGGCCGACCUGAUGCUGCCACGCUGGAACGUGGCCGAGUGCUGGUCGCCGUGGAACUGCGUCUGCUUGACCGAGCAGGAAACGCGGGCCCACCUUAAGCUGCAACGGCUCGACCGGUACUACCAGCCGAGCGUCUUGAAGGAAAUUCAAAGCAAGCACGCCCUGGCCCGGUCGGUGUUUGGCCAGCUGCGUGAAAUCGAUCAAGAGUUUACCGAAUCCGGUGACUGGUGGCAGGUCGGAUUGAAUGGAAAGGUGGUAUAA